CCCCGCCUUCUCCGGGUUCCCCUCUGCACAGGCGCAGAAGCUCCUGCGUGUGGAAGCUGCGGCCCGGCGGGCGGGUAAAUAACAGAUGCGGGUAAAAGAUCCAUCAAAAGAUCUACCUGAGAAAGGCAAAAGAAAUAAAAGAGCACUGCUCCCUCAUGAUGAAGACUCUUCAGAUGACAUUGCUGUAGGUCUAACGUGCCAGCACAUCAGUUAUGCUGUCAGUGUGAAUCAUGUGAAGAAGGCAGUAGCUGAGACUCUGUGGUCAGUUUGUACAGAGUGUUUGAAAGAGAGAAGAUUCUGUGAUGGACAGCCAGUACUUCCUUCCGAUGUUUGGUUGUGCCUCAAGUGUGGUUUUCAGGGAUGCGGUAAAAACUCAGAAAGUCAGCAUUCACUGAGACACUUCAAGAGCUCUGGGACAGAGUCCCAUUGUGUUGUCAUUAGCCUGAGUACAUGGGUCAUAUGGUGUUAUGAAUGUAAUGAAAAGUUAUCGACACAUUGCAACAAGAAAGUUUUGGCUCAGAUAGUUGAUUUUCUCCAGAAACAUGUUUUUAAAACACAAACAGGUGCAUUUUCUAGAAUCAUAAAACUUUGUGAAGAAAAACGUGAAGCAGGUGAAAUAAAGAAGGGAAGGAAAGGCUGCACUGUGCCAUCUGUCAAAGGAAUUACAAACUUAGGAAAUACUUGCUUUUUUAAUGCAGUCAUUCAGAACUUGGCUCAGACUUACAUUCUUUUUGAACUGAUGAAUGAGAUAAAAGAAGAUGGCACCAAAUUCAAGAUUUCUCUUUCGUCAGCUCCACAGCUGGAGCCGUUAGUGGUGGAACUUUCAAGCCCAGGACCAUUGACUUCAGCCUUGUUCCUGUUUCUUCACAGCAUGAAGGAGGCUGAAAAGGGACCACUUUCUCCUAAAGUUCUUUUCAAUCAGCUUUGUCAGAAGGCUCCUCGAUUUAAAGGCUUCCAGCAACAGGACAGUCAGGAGCUUCUGCACCAUUUGUUGGAUGCAGUGAGGACAGAGGAGACAAAGAGGAUACAAGCUAGCAUUCUAAAAGCGUUCAACAACCCAACUACCAAGACUGCUGACGAUGAAACUAGAAAAAAGGUCAAAGCCUAUGGAAAAGAAGGUGUGAAGAUGAACUUCAUAGAUCGCAUCUUUAUUGGUGAAUUAACUAGCACAGUCAUGUGUGAAGAGUGUGCGAAUAUCUCUACCAUGAAGGAUCCCUUCAUUGAUAUUUCACUUCCUAUCAUAGAAGAAAGGGUUUCCAAACCUGUACUAUUGGGGAAAAUGAGUAAAUGCAGAAGUUUACAGGAAACAGAUCAAGAUCAUAACAAGGGCACCGUCACUGUAGAAAAUACCCAUCAACCCAGAGCUGCCAAGAAGCAGGCCUCACCUAAAGAUAAGAAUCAACUAAGUCAUGACAGAAAACAUUUAAGAAAAUGGCCAUCUGAAGAAGAGAAAACUGUUGUUACAUACCCGAAGAAUGAAAACUUGGAAGCCAGCCGGCUUGGCAGCACCCUCAGCUCUGAGGCAUCGCUGAACGAAAGCCCCACAGACGGCAGCGAGAGAGAUGCCAGCCUAGAAAGCAGCGUGGAUGCGGACAGCGAGGCUUCUGAGCCGGAGAGCGCUUCCAAGCAGUCAGUGCUGCUCCGGUCCAGGGGUGAUGCCUGCGGGCAUGCGGAGCAGCACCCACAUCUCCUACCAGCCAGUGAAUUGCCACAAACCAAGGAGACGCGCGGUGGCGAUGAGGAAAUGGCGGAAGCGAUUGCUGAACUUCAUUUGAGCGGCACUGUAACUGGAAAUAGAGAUUUUCACAGGGAUAAACAGUCACUAAAUGUCCCAAAUAAUUUGUGUUUUUCAGAGGGAAAACAUACAAGGCUUCACAGUGCCCAAAAUGCUUUUCAGACUCUUUCUCAGAGUUACGUAACUACUUCUAAAGAGUGCUCAGUUCAGUCCUGUCUCUACCAGUUCACAUCCAUGGAGUUAUUAAUGGGCAACAAUAAACUGCUCUGUGAGGACUGUACUGAAAAGAAACGGAAGUGCCAAAGAGAAACCAGUUCUGCAGAAAAGAAGGCAGGAGGGGUUUAUACUAAUGCCAGGAAGCAACUACUCAUAUCUGCUGUUCCAGCUGUCCUAAUCCUUCAUCUUAAAAGAUUCCACCAGGCUGGCUUGAGUCUUCGUAAAGUAAACAGACAUGUAGACUUUCCACUUACCCUUGACUUAGCUCCAUUCUGUGCUGCUACCUGUAAGAAUAUAAGUGUGGGGGAGAAGGUUCUCUAUGGUCUCUACGGUAUAGUGGAGCACAGCGGCUCCAUGAGAGGAGGCCACUACACUGCUUACGUCAAAGUGAGAGUGCCCUCCAGGAAGCUGUCCGAGUGCAUCACCGGGAGGAAGGCUGCGCCUGGUUUGAAAGAACCUGAUAGUGAACUGGGAGGCCACUGGGUCCACGUCAGCGACACUUACGUGCAGGUGGUUCCAGAGUCAAGAGCAUUGAGUGCACAAGCUUAUCUCCUUUUUUAUGAAAGGAUAUUAUAAUAUCUGUUCAUUGUUAUUUAGUUCAUUUUUUAUUUUAAUGCUGAAGUUGUAACCAUUAUAUGUAAUGUGCUAAUGUGCCUUUGUAGUCUUUAGGGAUAGUGCGUCCUUCCAGUGUUAUUUAACUUUUCAACAUGUGGUGAAUUCAUUAAAGAAAAUUAACUAAUGUGACAGGCAGUUGUGGUGCACUUGGGAGGCAGAGGCAGGCAGAUCUCUGUGGGUUUGAGGCCAGGUAGAGCUAUUCAAUAAGACCUUGUCUUGAAAAAUUAAACAAAAAAAUUAAUUAAUGCUUUCAAAUAUAUAUUCUUAAAUGUAAAAACAUGUUUUAUGUUAAUUUUCAUGUCCACAGAGAUUACUCUCCACAAAAACAAAGGUAGUAGAGCAGUCCCCUUUAUAUGACUCAUCGCUACAGACAUUCAGGGAUGAUGCUAAAGUGGAUCUUUAGUAUACUAUUUCCUAAAUGUAAUACAAUCUUCCUAAGUGGAUGCAAUAUAUCUUGUGCUACAAUUUCCUUACUUUUUGUUUUAGCCUUUUACAAUCUUGACCCUUUUUUGAAUCAUACUUCACAUUUUUAUGUGCAUGUUAUUUUUCUAGUAAACACUGAUGUAAGUUUAUAACUAUGAAAGAAAAAUCGUCCAUCCUUGCACCACCCCAUUUGAAAUCAUCUCAGGGCUCUGCAGUGGUGUGUGUGUUUUAGUCUAUAGGAAAAGUUUCUAGAACAGUAUGAACUAGUGCCUAAUGUAACAUAAGUAUUUUUCAUAUUUUAUGUGACUCAGUAGUGUAAAAAGCAGCCAUUGUAAUUUUGGUAGUAUAUGUUUACAAGUGAUAAAAUGAUUCACUUAUUGCUUUGAGUAUUUGAAGGUACUGAAAAUUUUCAUAAACUAAUUAUUUGCAGUCCUUUAAAGAUAACUUGCAACCACAUAGAACUGGCAACUAGAAGUUGAUGGUCUAUAUAGGAAUAUGGAAUACUUUAAUGUUUAAGGAUAUCUUUGAAUUGUAAACUACCAAAUUAUAUUUAUAAAUGGUAGAAAUCACAUUCUUAUAAUUAAUAACAAAUAUAUAAUACUUUUUUACUUCUAUACAUUAAUAAAUGUUAAACAUGGUUUUGUCUUCAUAAGCAUUUUUAAAAAAUUCAGGUGGAUAAUUGGGGAUGUAGUUCAAUGGUAGAGUACUUACCUGGCCGGUGCAAGGCCCUGGUUCCAUCCCUAGCAACACCAAUAAAAUAUUCAGGUGAGCUUGGCUUUUACUUUAAUGGGGCACAGACUUGCUACUUCUAUUCCCCUUAAAUAAAUAGUAACACAGGACAGUUUCUUCUGGAAUUCAAAGGAUUGAACUGUGAAAACUUAGGAUGAAAAAUAUUAUUACCAAGAUUUUAAGUAAUCAAUGAAGUGGUUCACUGAUACAUAGUAUUGAAUCAAGAUGCAAGGAACCGGGUUCAAUGUCUUAAUCAUCAGUGCCUGUGUUUGAUUCUGUGGGCAGCUGUGAGGGAGAGGCUGUAAACUGCACAGACCUCUAGCCAGGAUUGAACCUUCUUGACAUGUGUAACACAAAGUCUCCAGUGUUGUUUCUUGAUAUGUGGCUGGGUGGAACUGAUUUGUCUAAUGGAGACAUUUUAAAAUACCAUGGCAUAACUUCUAUUUUUAAGUUGUAGAGGAAUUUUCAAUGGUAUUUAAAAAAUUUUUUUAUUGAAGAUGGAGAAAUAUAUUUUACCUGUAGAGCCCAGUUGUAUCCUCUAAAAAGAACUUUCCUGUGUCUUCUGUUUCAUCAGACAUUCAGAGUUUAUUAAUCUAUUGACACAGAAGAGCCUAACACCAGAGCAGUGAAUUACAAAAAUAAUUUAUUUCUUCAGGUUGGCCUCAGUCAUAGCAGUUGCCCCCCCCCCAAACAAAUGUAAACACUCAGUCCUUUUUUCUCUCUCCUAGAAAAGAUAUUAUUAAGACAUAUACAAUAUAGGCAGGUUCCAAUACUUGGAAUAUGACAGUAUUUUACCACCCUUUAAAAUAGAAAAACCUGCCAAGUGGUGAUGGUGCGGGCCUUUAGAUUCAGCACUUGAGAGGCAGAGGCAGGUGGAUUUGACUUCAAGGACAAACAUGGUCCACAGAGCCGAGUUCCAGGAAAGCCAGGGCUACAUAGAGAAACCCUGUCUCAAAAAACUUGGGGGAAAAAAAAACCCUAAAAUCUAUAUGAUUUUAUACAUUAUUCUAGUAGUGACGUGCAAAUAAAAUGUUCUGAGGAGAUUCUGAAAUGCAUUUUUUUUAUGACCUAAAGUUUGAGUAUUUUUUUCUUGCCAUCUAAAAAUGUAGGAAAAUGGUUUGAUUUGAUACCUAGGAAUUUCUUAUCAAGCUUAUGUAGUAGAUAAAAAUCAACCAGGUCUAUACUAAAAUUUUUGUUCUUACUUUGAAGUUUUCCAAAGCACAUUUGUAGAAAUUUUAAAUUGUGAGGCUACUAUACUAACAAUAGUUUCCAGAUUACCUCAGGAAACAGUGCAAAUAAACAAGAAUGUUUACAGAUCAACACAACUACUUAGUGUUUUGGCACAGUGAAUUUGAAAGGUAAAAGAGAGAUGUUUUUAUGUAGAAACUGGUUUACAGGGUACCUCUAUACCCAAUUCUCCCCUGGCUUUCCCACAUGGAAAAUGAUAAAAUUUUGAUGAUGUGCCAAUUAUGUGAAUGUUUGUGACAUAAACAAAUAUACACCUAUAUUUAAGAUUUGUUGUUUAGUGUUUUAAAAAAAUUAUAUGAAGGCUGCUUAUGUAGGGAGUCAAGGAGAUGAUCAUUGUAUCAGCUUAGGCAUAUAUCAACAGAGCUAUUUUACCACAUCUAAUAAUUCUUAGCUUGCAUGUGUGAUUAAUUAGUGAUUUUAUAUAAUAAUUGAAUAAAAUUUCCUGAAGAUUUAGCUGUGAAAUGUCACCGCACAUCAAACUUUUAUAGCACAAAAUAACAUCCUGCCUACUUUCAUGAACUUUAUACUCAGCUUAUUUUUCUGCAUGACAUCUGGUCAAAUAAACCUAAACCAAAUAUGUGCAAUAAAAUCAAGCUUUCAGAUAGCAUCCAUUGCAUUAUUAGAGAAAUGAUUUCUGUAUUAAGAUGUUUUGUUUAUUUAGAAAUCAUCAAUUCAAAUGUGUUUAAAAGAUGAUUAUUUUCAGGUAUCAAUAAUAAAUUCAUGGUAUCAUUCCUUCUCUUUUACCCAAUUUUACAGUAUUUUAAAUAUAUCUCUGUAACUUAUUGAGCAUUAUUUGGUCAUUGCUGUAUGUAUAAACAUCAUAAUAAAUAUUAGAUUCUUAUGUUAAUGGA